ACCAAAAGAAUUUCAGUGUUUUUGUGUCAUUAUUUCCCAUCUCUUUGUUAAGUUCUGUUGUUGUUUAGUAGAGAGGAAAUAAUAUGCAAAGUAAGAUUUUAGAAAAAGAAGAUGAAGGAGGAAGAAGCAAGAAGAAGGAGGGUGAAAGUGGAAUAAUAAUGGAAGUGAAAGUUUUAGAAGUGGACAAAAUGGAGUUUUGGCCAUUGCAACAUCCUUUGGAACCUGAUGAUGAAGAUCAUCCUGUCAUUUGCCCAAUGCCCAACUCUACUUCCCUUCUUGAUGAAGGAACAAUGCAUAACGGCAAAAGGACACCAGAAAGCUGGAGGAAAAGAACAGAAGUUUCAAGAGAAAUAAAAGCCACGGCAGAGACAAGGCCGGUGCGGAAGCGGCACCACCGCACGCUCAGCCGACCCGACCACCUGAUGGCGGAAUGGCGCCACGACCGACCACCCAGAAUUUCACCAUCUACCAAAUGCUCCAACAGUUGGAUAAAUUUGAGUCUUGACAAUCACAACACAAAUUAAUGCAGUACACAAGUUAUAUAUAUGGUUAAAAUCUAUGGGGAAGAUUCUUGAGAUGCAAAUAUUUUGUUCAAUGUUUAGUUUCAUAUCUAUAUCUAUAUAUAUAUAUAUAUAAUUAAGUGUUGAGAUAUAAUGGUGUGCAUUAGAAGAAAUAUUUUG